AUGAUCAGAACAAGGCUGGCUUGGUUCACGUUAGGCUUUGCGACUGCCGGCGCUACAAUCACUCACUUGGUCCUCAAAGAUCUCUGGGUCCACCGUAACUCUCUCUCUUCCGACUUGAAGCUAAAGUUUGAUGCCCUAGACACCAGAAUCACCAAUCUGGAGCCAGUCCUUAGUAACAAUUCCAUUAUCCAGCAGAGAAGGAAAAUAGGGAAUAAGCUAAAGGUGGUUGGGGAGCAUGAGAAGAGUUGUUGUGAAGUCCUUAAGCAAAAAGAUUAUAAGACGUUUGAGUGUGAUAACGUUGUCUCCAGAGAAGAGGAGAGAUGGCCUUCAAUAAGAUUGGUGAUUGUUGUGGAGGAUUUCAUUGAUGUUGAUUGGGAAAUUGAAAAUCAAGCUAAAUUGUUUGAGGCCAGAAUUUGUGUUCAUGGAGGAUUCAUUGAUGUUGAUUGGCAAAUUGAAAAUCAAGCUAAUUUGUUUGGGGCCAGAAUCUGUAUCCACAAACCACAAACGGGUGUUCCUCAAGACCUCUUUUAG